CCUCUGUGCUCUAAAGAAUGAGAAACCUUCAUUGACAAGCAACUGACAGAGGGACAUAUCAUGAACAGCUGGAGUGUGUAUCACCUGCUAGUCCUUGCCUUGCUCUUUGCUUCCCUGUCUAGUGCUGAAUAUGAUGAUGAACUUGAUGAUGAUGAAUAUGAUGUGAUAUUAGAUAUUGACCCGGACCAGAUUCAUUUUACGAUUAGUAAUACAUCACAUGGGCUUAAUAUAAAAUGGAAGAUCCCAGAUGAAAACGAUAACCCCGACUGUUAUGAAGCUGAAGUGCAGUACAAAAGCCAGUGUGUCAAAGACUGGGAGGACAUAAACAGCAUUAAAGUGACACAAACACAUUUGAACCUGAACUAUAUCAGCAUGAAAAAGAAUUACGAUUUCAGAAUAAGAAUGAGGAAGGAGUGUCUGAACAAGCCAUGGAGCAAUUGGACAAAAGUGCAAAGUUGGGGAAACAAUGCAGAUGCUUGUGUGGUAGAAGCAUCCGCCUACAUUUGGGUUUAUAUUUUGAUAAUUGUGCUGCCACUAACCGCCUUUCUUCUGGUUUGUCUGUUGACUCAACAGGGAAUUAGAAGACUGAUUCUUCCUGAAGUACCAGAUCCCAAACACUUCAAAAAUAAAAUCAUGGAUGCUGAACAGUUUCAGUGGUGGGAGAACUUUACGCAUUGGAAUGAGGAAUGCUCAACAACAGAUGUUGAGAUUAUGGACAAGAAUGAAAUUGAAGAGCAACAUCAAACUUUGGUAAUACAGCCCAUGGACACCAACCCAGAGCAACAUGACAGCAUGUACUGCAUCUACUCCUCUCAGACAUCUGGUGAAAACACAGAACCGCAGUACUCUCAGAGUGUGUUGGGGUAUAUCAUCCUUUAACACCACAGAGAGGGACUGAAAUCAUAUCCAUCAGCCAGUUCAAUGCUUUCAUGAUUGAUUAUUUAAUUGGUGUGACACAUGGGGUCACAUGUCACUAUUCUGAUGCAACUAAAGGAUUUGAAGAAAUACAUUUCCAGGAUUCUUGCAUCACCAAACAAGUGCCUUUGAGAUCAGUGGGAAUGCUAAUUGUUAUAUUUGUCUAGGGUAUUACAGAUCUCAUUGGUUACUCCUAAAGUCUGUGAUCAGGACUGUGGCUAAAGCAAGCUAGUGCACAGAAAACCAUUUGAGCACAUCAUAAGCAAACAAUGUGAGUGUAGUACAAUAAUUAGACAAUGGAGGGCACUCUGACUAUCCUGAGGUGUUAAAGAAGAGUUUAAUCAUAUCAAAGCCAACAAGGAGCACACUCUUUACUGCAUCACAGCCCUCUCUUAGGGAGAGUGUAUGUUAUUUGAAGUUAAUGUGAAACUGCAUAACAGAUGUGGAGUUUCAGUGUGACGGCGUAAAAGCCAGGGCAGCAGCCACACAUUCCAGUCUGUUGUGAUUGAUAAAUUAGAGUGGGGUAAAGAAAUGAGCAAAAAAUCAUUAAGAUAUACUGUACAUAGAAGCAAAAAUGAAAGCCAUACAGGUGGAUAUGUGAAUGUAAAAAUUUUACACGUUCAGUCGUACCUGUUGCAGCUUAGAAAAACUGAAGAAAAAAAACAUGAAAAUUAAAAAAAUGUAAAAUGCAUUUUUAUUUCAAAUGUAAAGGAACCUUCAAUGAGCUGCGUUUUUUUAUGGUCAAGCAAAUUUGAAACAGUUGUGCAACUCUUUCAUACUAAUGGUCAGAUUCUAACUUCCAUCAAAGCACAAUAUGCUCUUUGUAUCAUUCUAAAUCAUUUUCAAGAACAUGAACAAGAACAAAGAGAAAGGAGGACAAACCAAAUACUGGGGACAUUGAUAUUCAAGUUAAUUUUUUGUCAUGCAUUUUUUUUUUCAGCACAAUUGAUAUGUUGAUCAUAUAAUUAGUAGCUAGGAAAUGUGAAAUAAGAAAAAGGCUACAAAUUAAAAUGUACACAUAUUUUCAGACUUUUGGAUUUUUACACUUUGUCAAUUUUUUUUUUAUUAUUUUUUUUUUUUUUUUGCUAAAAAAUGUAAGUACUUGUGCUUUUUACUUUUGAAUUUAAUAAACCCUUCAA